UGUCCUCGUCCUCUCUCUCUCCUGUACUUGUCCUCUGUCUAUCCAGUCUGUGGUAGAGGAUGACAGCAGCGGGGUCCAGUGGAGCGGUCAACGCCGUCUGCACCCAAGACUCCUCCCACUCACCUAAAACAACCUGCCCACAAACCACAUGGCCCUGCCCACUCUGCUUCUCACAGCAACAGAAGGAUGAGCUCGAAGUCAGACUCCGCCUCCGCUCCCCUCCUGGGGCAUGGCUACUAGCGGGCGUUGUCGUGGUGAUGGUGGGAAUGUUUGUGGCCGUGGCCGGGUACGCUAACUCCACUCCUAACCCUGUGGGUGGGCGAGGCAGCUCCCACAGCGAGCGAAUGAAACUGCUCGGCCCUGUCGUGAUGGGCAUCGGCCUGUUCAUCUUCAUCUGUGCUGGAACCCUGCUGUACGAGAACCGGGACCGCGAGAACCGAGAGCGUGAGAACCUUGAGAACCCUGAGGAGCAGGGGAAACGCAAACAGAAGAAAACAAGGGAACGGCGCUGGGAGAACCGUGAUUAUGAGGAUGUGGAACAGGGGAACCAGAGAGAGCCCUCAGACAGACACUCCCCUCUCCCUGAGGAGUGCCUGCCCCCCCUGCCUCCCAGAGUGCCUAGACAGGAGGGGUCAGAGUUGAACGUUCUCUCUGUGGGAGCGCUGAGCUCACUGCUGCCAGGGGAGGGACAGGGGCGUGAAGAGAGAGUCAGAGAGGUGGGGGGUAAAGGGGGCUCAACCCUGCUGACCAGAGUCCUGCACCACCAGGACCCCCCCUCCUCCUGUCCCUCCCCAGCUCCCUCCUCUGUGUACUCUGACUCCUGUAACUCCAGUGAGAUCAACUAUAACGUUCAGACAGGCUCCCCUAUCCACUCUAUUCACCAACUCUGAGGUUCUACUCUUCUCACAUCUGUACAUGCUUUCUAAAGAAAUGCACCACAUAUUUCUCCAUCUCUUUCUGUGGUUUCUAUAGGCUGUAGAUGCAGUGGAGUGUGUUGGGCAUCUCUCUCUACCCCUCUAGGACGGGCAGAGCCAGGGGGAGACAGGGCUAGGUGACGUCAGCUUGUUGUUGUGUAGUAAAGUCUCUCUCAGGGGUGUUUGACUGUAUUUGGGCUUGAGGGAGGAUUCCACUGCAGACAGUGACUGUGGUGCCAUCCUGACUGAUGCACGUACACACAGUAAAUACGGCCAGACAUUCCGCUGUGGAACAGGCUGCUUUGGAGAACUUUGAUUCAUGAUGUCGUUUUAACUGUAACUCAGUUUGAUCUGAUAUUAGUGACUCUGUCAUGGCUGUUCUCCUAUAGGGGUUCUGUUUACACACACCCAAACUUGGCUCAAGAGAUGGACAGAAAUCAUAGCAAUGAAAAGAAAGUUAAUGCCUUCUCAUAGUUGGCUGUUGGCUGUCCACAUGCUUACUCUUUACUUGAGUUAGAUGUUACUGGCCAAUAACUGGUAGAAUCCACGUUGUUCCACUUCAUUUCAACAAAACAUUUGCAAAAAGUCAUCAACGUAAGGCAAUUGCGUCCUUUUCCCACCCAACUUUGAACCUAAAUUCAAUGUCAUUGUGAAUUUGUUUGGCUGAUUGAUUUCACGUUGAAUUCACGUUAGCUGACAACUCAACCAAAUGUGCCCAGUGGGUAGUCUGUUUGCAGUGCAUAUAUAAAGUAUAUCUUUGCAGCAUGUAUGCAGCAAACCUUUGGUCUUUAAGGUACACAAAACCAUUAGGAUGUUAGACUGUGUUUAAUUGAAUAGAGCCCACAGAUGCAGUAAAAGGGGGGAGGAGAGAGAGAUGAAGGGGGGAUUUUAAUUGUCCUGAGUGUUCUCCUCCAGCCUCCAAUUACACUGUGGAACCGACCAAGGGUUUUCUAUUGGUAUUUCAGGACUGCAGAGUAUUUCCUCUGUUGUUCAGACACAUGCUGGGAUAAUGCCAUUAAGAUUAGUGAGGAACGCCAAGACUGCCUUGCCCUGCACGGCCAGACACAUCUACACAACACAAGCACAACACACACAACAGCUUUCACACAUGCUAAACCUCACACACCUCGUAGUGCUUUUGAACCCAUUAACCCCGGUUCACCACCAGUGACACUACCAGGGAUAAACCAGUACUUGGUUUCUCGCUUCUGACUAUGCUAAUACUGGGAAGUGUGUGUUUUUGUUGUUUAAUGCAGCAGCUGAAUUAUGUGGUCAGUCAGUGUUUGAUUGCUGGACUGUAAUCCUGAACAUCAGAUUAAAUUCACAUGUAAUCCCUGCCUGACCCUAACACAUACUCUCACAAUGCUCCACCUAUGGCCUCCCAUAACACACACACACAAACGGGCGCACACGCACACACCCUCUCUGUCCCACACGGAGAUAACCUGUGCAUUGUAUUUCUGCUCUUGCUGUUGCCUAGGUUUGUUUAACUGUCUCAGUCUGUCUCUGUGUUACGCAAUCCCACAAACAGAACAGUUGUUUUAGUCUCCCUCUAAUGUCAGUCAUACAUUUUAUUAGAGUUUAUGCAGGAUCAGUACUGUAGCCCCCCCCUGGUGGGACUGGGAGCACUGUCUCUAAGCUGCUUAACUCCUCGCUGAGUCAGACACGUGUGUUUUACCGAGGAGGGAGACCCUACUGGGGUUACAGGACCAGAGACAGAGGGCUGAAUCCUAACAUCAAUCCUAACAUGCAAAUCACAACUUUGUGCAAAUAUCCCAUUGAUCAGUAGAUAGUCAGGAUCUCAAGUUAGUGUUUCAACCUGGCACCGCAACAACACCUGGGACUCAGAGCAACAACACCUGGGACCCACAGCAACAACACCUGGGACUCACAACAACAACACCUGGGACACCUGGGACCCACAGCAACAACACCUGGGACACAUGGGACCCACAGCAACAACACCUGGGACACAUGGGACCCACAGCAACAACACCUGGGACACCUGGGACCCACAGCAACAACACCUGGGACACCUGGGACCCACAGCAACAACACCUGGGACCCACAGCAACAACACCUGGGACUCACAACAACAACACCUGGGGCACCUGGGACCCACAGCAACAACACCUGGGACUAAGAGCAACAACACCUGGGACACCUGGGACUCACAGCAACAACACCUGCGACAUCUGGGACUCACAGCAACAACACCUGGGACACCUGGGACUCACAGCAACAACACCUGGGACACAUGGGACCCACAGCAACAACACCUGGGACACAUGGGACCCACAGCAUCAACACCUUCACAUAAAGUAGGAUUUCAAUAGCGCCCCCCUUCAUGUGGUGGACCAUUCAGUCAAGUACAGAUGACUAAUGGACAUCUAACCCUCAUUGUUGAUUUAUGACAUAUCAUUAUUCCCUUUGAGGUGUUUAAACAUGUUCAUGAAAUAAUGAAGUGUAACAGGCUUUUUCCAGCGGCCCUGCGAGAUAACCUAAUCCUCUCCAUCUGUUCUUUCUUUUGUAACUUUAAAUCCAUAUUUUUUGCUUUUCGUAGUGUAUUUUUGUAAUUACAGGGCUCAUCUGUAAAAUAAACCUUGGUCUCAGCAUGACUCCCUGUCAAAAUAAAGGUUAAAUCAAAUAAG